AUGCCGCCCGUGUGCGUGUGUGUGGGCGCACGCUUGGACGCUCGCGCAUUUUGGGAGGUCAUCAAUCCGCACUACUUCAAGCUGAAGGUGUGCGCGCAGGUGAAAGCAUGGUUGAAUGGCAUGGAGAAAAGCAUGAACAGCAUCUGCAGUCAAGGCGUCCGCUUGCCGAAGCAGCGUCAAAAACGCUUGGAGAAAGCACCCAGUGGCGAGUUUGUCCACGGAGAUCUGGGGAGGACGAGGCCCUCGAUGCGGAGCUUCCUCAACGGCCAGGUGGAGAUCCUCCAGUUGGAUGUGGAGGGUGUUGAGGAGGCGGAAGACUGA